CACGCAUAUUUGUUUACAACAUGGCGGCAAAGGAAAAGAAUUUCAACUUUUGAAUCAGACAUGAAACGUUUAUGCAAAACACAGGGCUAAUUUAACUGAAUUGCAAAUAGCUGGUGAAAACUCCCUAAGAUAUAUAGAAAAUGUCACAGUUGUGGCAGCAUCCAUAUGUUAAUGUAUUUAAACACCUUGAUGUGCCAUCAUGGAAGAAAGCCACAAAAGAAGGAGAAGUCAACGCUAUCAUGGACAAAGCCAUCAAAGGCACAGUUCACAGAAUAACAGGUUCCAUACCUGCUGGAAACUAUAUACAGUUACCCAAGCUACAGAGCCAGUCCUUGGGCCUUACAGGGAAAUAUGUCUACAUUCUGUUCAAACCCAUUCCAACAAAGUAUUUUGUGGUACACAUUGAUGUGGCAACACAGGACAACCUAGUCGUGAGAAUCUCAUUCUCAAAUCUUUUCAAAGAAUUUAAGUCCACUUCCACAUGGCUGCAGUUUCCAUUUAUGUGUAACACUCCUAAAGGGUCUGUUCAUUCAUUAGCAGCUUCUGGAAGUAAAGAUCACAGUGGUAUUGCUCCUUUGGCGACAAGAUGGACUGUCUUAUGCAUGGACUUCAGUCACGUCUUAUCAUUGUACCUGAACAGAAAAUUCUCCUACCUGAAGAGUGUUAGGCUGUGUGCCAACAUGAUGGUCAAAAAUAUUUUUACCAGUGAUAACUUAUAUGAGCCAGGUCUCACAGUAGACAAAGCCAAGAAGGCUGGUCUGCUUGGUAAAGGAUUAAAUCCUAUGCCAAGAGAUAUGUCUUUCCCAGCCCAGAGAGGAGAGAACUGGAAUGAUCUGUAUGAUUUCAUCAGGUUUCCAAAUGACAACACAAAGAAACCUUUUGACUCGAUACAGUUUUCUGAUGACCCUGAAAUCAGACAAGGUGUCCCCAGUGAUUCCGAACCCAAAAGAGUUAAUCCUCGCACAGUUAAUGUCAGUCAGUGUGUAACGGAUAGGGUGACCAUGAUCAACAAAAUUACACAACCUAAACAGAAAAUGAAACGCCAUAAGGUGACAACUGAGCUGCCAUUUGUGGGGGUGGAUGAUGUUAGCAUUGUGAAGGACUCGGUAGGAGAGGUUCAUGUAUUUGCUCACCCAGAGGAGGAGGUAGUGGUUCACCAGGAGAACACAAAGUCCGGACAACCACGCCAGAUUUCAAAGUUAUCCACCGGCUCAUAUUUGCAACCCCAAAAUCCUGAAUAUAAGAGCCUUGAACCAGACCCAAUCCUUAGGCUUAAAAGAAUUGUUGGAUUUGGUGGAUGUUCCUUUAGAGAUGCACUCUGGACAUCCGACGGUUCCACUGUGAUAUACCCUUGCCAUGCUGUUGUCAUAGCAAUGAAAGUAAACAAUGGACAUCAAAGGUUCUUCAUUGGCCACACAGAUAAAGUGUCCUGUAUAGGUCUGAAUGGUGCUGGUACUCUUCUAGCCUCUGGACAGAUGGGACCUCUGAGUGUAGUUAGGAUCUGGAAAUUUGACACAGGGGAAUGCAUGGCUAUGACAAAGACACAUGCUCAUUCACUGCACUCUCUCAGUUUUUCACACAGAGGGAGCACUCUAUGUGGUGUUGGCAAAGACAGCCAUGGGAAAAAUAUGGUUGUAAUUUGGAACACUUCAAAAGUCAUGAAGAAUCGAGAAGUCAGUGUAAUGGCUAAGGCACAUUCAGAUGUUGACAUCUCAAGAAUGAAGAUUGCAGGGUUUGAUGAUAUGAGAAUGGUGUCAUGUGGGCGGGAUAAUGUUAGAUUAUGGAGGGUUAAAGAAGGUCAGCUGAGGUCAGCACCUGUCAAUCUAGGAGAAUAUCAUCUGAUGGAGUUCACUGAUAUCUGUUUCGAGGCAGGAUAUCAUGCUGACAAAGACCCAGCAGACAGGAUAGUUUAUGCAUGCAGUAAGACAGGCCAUGUGUUUGAAAUUGACCUGCAAAAAGUUAGCAUUAAACAUGUCCGCAGAUUGUUGCCAAAUGAAAAUAAGGCCAGCAAAGAGAAACAGAAAGGAACAGGUCUUGCAAUAAACAGUAUGAGUGUAAAUGAGACCUUUUGUGUCAUGGGAUCAGAUGAUGGGUACUUGAGGUUGUGGCCCCUGGAUUUUGAGCAUGUGUAUCUUGAGGCUGAACAUGAAGGACCAGUCACAGCUGUCGACUUUUCAGCUGACGGAAUGAAAAUUCUUGCAGGAACAUCAACUGGUAAUCUAGGCAUACUGGAUAUUUCCACCCGUGGGUACACCACAGUCAUGAGGUCCCACACGGGGAGAAUUUCAGGGGUAGCGGUCGACCCCUACAGAAAACACAUGGCUACUGUGUCCAGUGACUUCACCAUCAGAGUGUGGGACUCAGAUACUCUACAACAGCUGUAUGAUUUUAGUGCUCCUAAUGAAUGUCCUUGUGCCAUUUCCUACCAUCCGUCCCGUCAGAUAUUUGCCUGUGGUUUUGAGAGUGGAGUUGUCCGUGUCUUUAAUGUUCAGACCACCAGCAUGCUAGCCGAGCACAAGCAGCACCGUGGGAAGAUAAUUGGUCUUGCCUUCUCCCCGGUAGGGGACUACCUAUACAGUGCCUGCUCCCUGGGAUCCUUGUCUCUCUAUGAUGCUGAGUCUGACCGGUACACAUUACUGAGACUGCUGGCCAACACUGUGGUCAGGUCAGAGAGGUUGGGACCUGAGGCCAUUGCAGUCAGUCCAGACGGCAGGAGGGUGGCUUUUAUUGGGCCAUCAGAAUUUACAGUUUGUGUAGUAGAUGCCAAAUCCUUAAGUGAGGUUCUGAGGAUAGAUAUUUCCAGCAGCAGUUCCUGUGACUCCAAGUCUGGUAACUUGGACUCAGCAGAGCGUGUCUACUUUGCACCUCAGAAUGUUGGUCAUCUUCUGGUAACAACAGCCAAUAACAAGCUCCUGAAAUUUGAUGCUAAGUCAGGCAGACUUCUUUCUGAGAUUGGAAACAUUCAUCGCAGUGGCUGCAGCUGUGUGGGAGUUUCUGAGUCAGGGCGCUAUCUUGUGACCUGUGGCGACAAAGUGAUCAAAGUCUGGGACUACAAUAUGAAACUGGAUAUUAACUUUCAGGUCUUCAUUGGACACUCUGAAAAUGUGAGUAAGGUGAUCUGGACUCCUGAUGGGAAGAAUGUGCUCAGUGUUGGAGAGGCCAUUUAUCUGUGGGACUUCAUGGCUUUUAGACCUCCUUCACCACCUAACGAAGGAAGGCAAGUAAGGGAAACAAGUUUUCCAAAUUACCCAGAACCAGAGAGAAUUGGUGAUACCAUACAUGACUUAAGCAAGAGCCUGGCUGAUACUUACCUAGAGAUGCCCCGUAGAACACCACCUAGACCGACACGGCCAACCAGUGCUGGAACAUCUGGUUGUAUUGCUGACCUUCAACCUCCAAGGUCACUAGGGUCAUCACCUGGUCGAGUAGCAGACUUGAGCUCCAUACACAAAGUUUAUGAUGAUACAAUGUGCAGUUCCGUGCUAGUGGAUAGGACAAAAGAGAGGAACAUAAUGACAGAUCAAACUAGUGAUUGUGAUUCGAUUGAAAUAUUACCCAGUAAGAUGGUGCCACAAAGUUUAUCAGAUUCGUACAAAAAAAUACGAUCUGCAGACAACAGUCGACAAAAUACUCCCAUUAAAUUCCAAACUAAAAAAGUUUUCGGCAAGCGACCAGGUACCACUUCUCCAACUGGAGAACCUGUCAAACCAGUAUGUGUUAAGCACUUUCUGGCGAGAAAAAAGGAGUAUGGUUUAGCUCAGAGACGAUACACAGCUCCUCCUAAUCAGGCUGGGGUGAAGUUGAAGUCUGUUAUUGGCUACAAUGGGAAUGGUCGUGGUAACAUGGUGUGGCAUCCGGACACUGGUUUGUUCAUAUAUACUUGCGGUGCUGUAAUUAUUAUUGAAGAUCUGGAUUCUGGCAAGCAGAACUUUUUAAUGGGUCACACAGAAGAAAUAUCAACAGUAGCCAUUCAGAAUGACAGUCAGGUGAUGGCCUCUGCGAGUGGAUCAUUUGGAAUCUCUCCGAGUCAGAUCUGUAUAUGGGACCUACAGCAGCAAGUGUGCAGGAAAGUCCUCAGUCACCAUGAACAUAACAUUGUGUGUCUGGAUUACUCCAGGGAUGACCGCUUUCUGAUAUCCGUGGGUGAUUAUCAGGACAGUUCUAUUGUGGUGUGGAGUACAUUGAAUUAUGAGAUCUUGACCACAUCAAAGACAACCACUGCCAUUCAUGACCUGAAGUGGGACCCAUUUUCUGUCAAUGAAUUUGUGUCUGUUGGGCAGGGAGGAUCAGUGCUCUUUUGGUUGUUGGAUGAGACAAGAAAUAAUGUCUGUCUCAAUGUUCAUGAAGCAGAUGUUCCAGAGGAACUGCUUCAGAAACAUGGAAGCAAUGAUGUCAUUGAAUUCACAUCUAUUGAUUUCUCUGGUGACAGCACUCUGUAUAUUUCCACAAACAACGGCAAGGUGUCGGCAUGGGACACCAGACACAACACAUGCUUCAUGCACUGGGAAGCAGACAACUCCGAGAUAGUCCUAGUGAUCUGUAGAAAUGGCCGCCUGUUGACAGGCAGCGUGGGUAAAAAUCUUCGAAUGUGGACUCUGACUGGGGUCAGUAGUAUGAGGUCAGCUGACAAUCCCAGCAUGCCCAUUGGUGGCCUGACAAUGGAGGAUGAGAUGAACCUGGAUGGCUCUGUGGUGGCUGCAGCUUUUGAUGAGUCUUUGGAUAUGGGGAUUGUGGGUACAAGUUGUGGGACUCUGUGGUACAUCAACUGGCCAGAAAGAGAGAGUAUCAGACUGGUCUCAAGUCAUGUACAAAAGAUUAACAGUCUCUCAUGCUUUGGGAAUGAGCAUCUGGCCUCCUGUUCAGAUGAUGGGACAUUGAGGCUAUGGAAUGUUGGCAGCAGAGAGCAGGCUCUACAGUUCCAGGUCCUAAACCAGAAGUGUACUUGUCUGGCUUUUGCCCCAGGUCAGCUCCCAGCAGCAGAUGACUCGAAGGAGAAGAUCAAAGUUUGUCUGCCAUUUAUAGUGGCAGGCUACAGUGAUGGCACAGUCAGGAUGUUUGAUGUGAACAAGGAGGAGAUGGUCCUCAAGAUGCAUCCACAUGCUGUCUCUGUCUCUGCCAUUAGUUUCUCCUCUGAUGGAAGAAUGAUAAUUUCUGGAGGAAGUGAUGGGUUGAUAGCUGUUAGCAGUCCCACCACAGGAAUGACUGUCAGGGUCAUCAGCGACCACAAGGGGGCACCGAUCACCAACAUAGAUGUGACCACCAAACAGGAGUUGGAUUCCCCAGUGUCUGCUCCUUAUUUGUGGUUGGCCACCAGUGCUGAUAGGCGUGUUAGUGUCUGGUCAUCUGAUUGGACUAAGGAUUUCUGUGAGCUUGUUGAUUGGCUAACUUUCCCUGCCCCAGCCUUUAUGCCCGAUGGAUCUCUGGUUUCCAAUAAAAGCAAGAAGUCCCAUGAAAAGCUACCAACAACAUUAGCCAAAUUUUCUACAGAAGAAGAUGAUGUGUUGGUUUAUGUGGGUUAUGGAAUGCAGAAAUGUAUCCAGUUUUACAGUUUGUCACAAAGAAAGGUGAUCAGAACAGCCCCUCUUACUCACUGGUCUAGCUGUCUGGAUGUAGCAGGUGGAACACCAUUACUAGCAGUAGGAGUUAAUGAGCGCCUCGUAAAGUUGGUAGAUUACUAUGAAGGCAGCUUUCAGGAUUUUGUGGGUCAUUGUGAUUCUGUCAGUGUUCUUCAAUUUUCCCAUGAUUCAAAGCAUCUGUAUUCCAUUUCUCAUUCAGAAAUAUUUAUUUGGGAGGUCACUGUAUGAGAUGUGGUGAACAUAAUUCAUUAUUUAUACUAUUGUCAAACUACAUGUAUUACAUGUUUUACAAAAGUGAUAAAGUUGUUAUAUCAUUGUUGAUGUGCAUGUUUUUCUCAAUGUUUGAAGGAAAUUUCAUAUUGCUAGACACCAGAUGCAUUUUACAAAUGAAUGACUAGUAUAUUAAACUGAUUUAUAAUUCAUUGAAUUAGAUAUGUUGAUGUAAAAUAUGAAACUUUUUGCUAUGAAAUAUGUAUUGAUAUUUAUUGUUGAAUUACAACCUAGUGUAGUAUAACCAUGUUUAGAAUAUAAUAUAAAACAAUA